AUGAUAUUGAAGGGAUUCGGAGUCGUUGUAGACGAAAAGGACAUUUCUAUGGACUCAUCUUAUAGGAAGGAGUUGCAGAAUGCAGUUGGAGGGAAAGUGGUAAGUUUGCCACAAGUAUUUAUCAGAGAAAAACAUGUGGGAAAUGCGGAAGAAUUCAAGUUGUUAAAUGAGUCUGGUGAAUUGGAAAAACUGUUGAAAGGUUUUCCUAUAAAGGAGUGUGGGUUAGUGUGUGAGGUAUGUGGAGAUGCAAGGUUUGUUCCUUGCUUGAAUUGCAAUGGUAGUAGAAAAGUGUUUGAUGAGGAAGAAGGUGAAAUGAAAAGAUGUCAUCAUUGUAAUGAGAAUGGGUUGAUAAGAUGCCCAGGUUGUUGUUCAUAUGGUAUUCUAAGAUAG